CUACUAUUACUAACUUUUUAUGUAGCAAUAACCUAUUUUCUAAAAAGUAGGAACUAGGAAUUGAUGAAAAUGGAAAUGGAUAAAGAAAAUAUCGUACAAGCUGUUGUUAUUAUGGACACUUUUAACAGUAAUUUUUCUCCAAUAACAGACAAUAAACCAAUGGGUUUUCUUGAAGUUGCAGGCGUCCCUCUAAUAGAUUAUGUUCUAGAAUCUCUUGCUUUGGGCGGAGUGGGAGAGGCAAUUCUGUUUUGUUGUCAAAAUGGACAAAAAAUAAAAGAACAUGUACAGAAACAUCAAGAUAAUAAGUCUCUGUGGAGUCUUACUAUGGAUAUCCAGAUUUUGAUGUCAGAUACUUGUCAGACCAUGGGUGAUGUGAUGAGAGAGUUAGAUGCUGCUGCUUUGCUGAAAGGAUAUUUUGUGCUAGCUGGUAUCAAUAGCAUUACUAAUAUGAAUUUUGCAAGUCUUCUGGAACAACAUAAACAAACAUGUAAAAAAGACAAAGGGACAGCGAUGACUUUGGUUUAUAAGAAACUUUCUUGGGAACACCCAUUGAUAAGCUCAGACAGGUCAACUUUUUUGGCCGCUAACGAGAAUACAAAGAAAGUGUUAGUGCACAAGAGAUAUAGACCUAAGUCCAAGGAGAAGAUAAUAUCUCUUCCUUUGGAUUUGGUAUUAAAUAAUUCUGAAGUUAAAUUACAUCACAAUCUGGUUGAUACUAACAUUGCACUCUGCUCACCAACAGUCCCACCAUUGUUCUCGGAUAAUUUUGAUUUUCAAACUAGGGAUGACUUCAUUCAUGGCAUAUUAAUUAAUGAGGAAAUUCUUGCCAGCUCAUUAUAUUAUACAUUAUUGAAAUCAAAUCAAUAUGCUGCUGCUAUAACAAAUUGGAAAACUUAUCAAACAGUUUGUAGAGACAUAUUACAUAAGUGGGUGUAUCCACUGUCAAUUGAAUCGGGUUUGUAUUCCCGUGACAAGUAUACUCUUACGGGAAAUCUUAAUUUUGUUGAAAACUCAGCUAUGUUGAGCAGAUCAUGUGUAUUAACCGAAAAUACAUUAAUUGGAGCGAAAACGCAAGUACAAGACAACACCACGGUGACAAAAUCAAUUAUCGGAAAGAAAUGUACAAUUGGAAAUAAUGUCAUAAUCAAUGGAUCACACAUAAUGAAUAAUGUAAUAAUAAAGGACAACUGUAGAAUUUCAAACAGUUUUAUUGAUGACAAUUGUGUUAUUAGUGAAGGAUCAAAUCUACAUGCUGGCACAAUAAUUGCAGAAAAUGUCAAAGUGGAAUCAGGAAGUGAUCUCAAAGGCAGAAUAGAAUGUUCUAUUGACAAUGAUAAAAAACUACAAAAAUCAGAAUCAAGUGGAACAGAAUGGGAAGAGUCAUCUGGGAGUAGUGAUGAGGAGUUUAUUGGUUUUGAUAAAGUAUGGAGUGACAGUGAAUCUUGUUAUUCUUCAAUCAGUUCAGCAGAUUCUUCAUUACCUGACUCUCCUGUACCUGAUGAUACUAAAAUGUUCUUGCAAGAAGUCAUAGACAGCUUAGCAAGAGGCUAUGAUGAAAAAUUGAAAUGCGAUUACCUUAUAUUAGAAAUAAAUUCAUCAAGAUAUGCCUACAACAUUCAGUUAAAUGAAGUCAAUUUUUUCGUUGUCCGAGCAUUACUUAGUAUGCCUGUUUUGUCUGAAGCUAAGAAUGUGCUCACAACUGUAAAAGAUAUAUUGAAAUAUUUCCGGCCUGUAUUAGCAAACUACAUCAAGUCAAAAUCUUCUAUAAUGGAUUGCUUACGAGCUGUUGAGGACACCUGUUUAAAUUGUGAAUGGCUAGAUGGAAAAUCUGGACAAAUUUUACACUUAUUAUAUGAAGCUGAUGUAGUAGAUGAAGAUUCUUUGGUGGAUUGGUAUGCUGAAUUAAAGGAAAAUGCAAAUCCUUUUGUCAAACAGCCUUCACUUGUAAAAUUUUUUGAAUGGCUUCAAGAAGCAAGUGAAGAAAGUGAUGAUUCUGAAUAAGUAGGUAAUUAAUAUGUUAGACAACUAGCAUCAUUAAAAUGAAAUGUUAUUUCAGUUAUUAAAUAAAUUUGAUUUUAUUGCCAUAA